GCGGAGUAGCGGUACCUCCACUGCGGGCCAACUCGGUCUGCGGUUCAGUCGGUCUCAGGUCGGAGCUCGCGGCACACUCGUUGGUUACUCCUCUCACGUCAGCGCGGCCGCCUCCACAAAACCAACACAAUUUUGAAGCCGAAAGGAAAUGUGAUGGGCGCAGCCAAGGUCCCCCGAGCCCUCGCCAUGACCCCCGCACUCGGCCUGCUGCUCUUCUGCCUGCUGACCCAGGUCAAUGGUCACGGAAGACUGAUUGAACCGCCCUCAAGAGCGUCCAUGUGGAGGUAUGGCUUCUCCGAUUCUCCACCCAAUUACAACGACCAUGAACUCUACUGCGGAGGAUAUGCUCGCCAGUGGAACAAGAAUAAAGGCAAUUGCGGAGUGUGUGGAGAUGCGUGGGACAUGCCCGCUCCGCGACCGCACGAGCAGGGUGGAAAAUACGGCCAGGGGGUGAUCGUGCGCCGCUACAGCCCUGGCUCCAACAUCACGGUCAGGGUAGAGUUGACUGCCAACCACCAGGGAUACUUCGAGUUCAGACUGUGUCCCAAGAGUCACCCUUCCAAGACUGAGGUCUCGCAGCAAUGCUUGGACAAGUACUUGCUGAACCAGGUGGGCAACAAGGGUCCCAGGUUCUUCCCUGGCUCUCUCGGCAACAGGGUCAUUGAAAUGAGAUACGUGCUGCCCGAGGGCAUCGAGUGCCCACAGUGUGUCUUCCAGUGGCGUUACAUUGCCGGCAACAACUGGGGCACGUGCGAGAACGGGACGAGUGCCGUGGGGUGCGGCCCGCAGGAGGAAUUCCGUGCGUGCGCCGACGUGGCCAUCGGCGGCCGACUGAUCGUGUCUUCGACCUCGCCGAGACCUUCGAGGAGACCGCCGACCGCGUCCACCUCGGAGGGCAGCGUGCCCGUGCCGGAGGAGGGUGGCGCCGCCGACGACGGCGCAGAAGAGGUGGAGGAGAGCGGCUCCAACUGGUGGAUCACCCUGGCCAUCGUGCUCGGCUCGCUGGUGUGCGUCGUGUCGGCGUUCGGUCUCAUCUACUGGUACUACUACCACGCGCGCGACAGCCUCAAGCACCUGCUCAAGGGCAGACAGCCCGAGCCGAACGUGACGACGCUGACGCGCAAGGUGCCCCCGCCGCCCACGCAUCCGCCCCCCGUGCCGCCCAGGAGGAACAAGAAGCCGUACAACGAGAGUGGAGUUGUCUGAAAUUCAUUAUUGUGAUUCGUUCCUCGAAGAACUGCGACUGCGAGAGUGAAUGCGCCUCAAAAGGGAUAGAAAUUAUCCAGAGUGGAUGCGAGUUUUAUAGAUCUGAGACGACAAUUGUAUAUUAUUUGAUAGUUUAUUAAUAAAAAAUUAAGUUAUUUCUCCUUUA